AUGGACGUCCAGAGCGGCCCCGAGGAGAUGCUGGUGGAGCGCACAGGCUCCCGGUGUGCGAGGGACCGCACGGCCGGCAGAGCCAGCGGCCGAGACCCCGGGGCCCGAAGGCACGGGCAACACCCACGCCUCGGACCCACUGUCCACUCUGCUGCCCACAGUGUCCAGGAGCGGGAAUGCGGCUGGUCGCCAGUGCCCUCCUCGCCACGGUGCCUCCAGGAACUUACCCACGGCCGACGUUUCCAGCUGGGAGGAGGUACUUUUCUCAACGUGUUUGCCCCCACCGUCGGGCCUUCCUCCGGGAUUUCUUCCACCGUGGCCCCACGGACUGCACGGCGCACAGCGACCUUCACUCUCCAGCUGCCAAAGGACGUGACAGCGUCUCUGGCUCUGGAGCACGCAGGGGUCCGGCCCGCCGCCGCCCCAGCACCUCCGGCCUGGACAGCGCUGUCGGGCCCUCCGCCCCGAUGCGGGGCGCCCGGCGUGCCGUUGCUGCGCUCGCCGCGGCGCGGGGCGGGACGUCACGCUGACACUAGUAUCCGAACACGGUACCAGCUGGAGGACGAGUCUGCCCAUCUGGACGAGAUGCCGCUGAUGAUGUCGGAAGAAGGCUUUGAGGACGGCGAGAGCGACUACCACACGCUGCCGCGGGCGCGGGCGGCGCGGGGCGGAGGCGGCCUGCGGCGGUUCUGUUGUGGUGGAGUCUUGUGCAAAGAUUGCUGUGACUGGCUGGUAAACAUAUGUCACAGAAAGAGGGAGCUGAACGCUCGCACAGUGUGGCUCGGAUGUCCUGAAAAGUGUGAAGAGAAGCACCCCCGAAACUCUAUCAGAAAUCAGAAAUACAACAUAUUUACCUUCAUACCUGGGGUUUUGUAUGAACAAUUCAAGUUUUUCUUGAAUCUCUAUUUUCUGGUCGUGUCCUGCUCCCAGUUCGUGCCGGCGCUGAAGAUCGGCUCUCUCUACACCUACUGGGCUCCUCUGGGGCUGGUUCUGGCCGCCACUAUCAUGAGGGAAGCCAUUGAUGAAUUCCGGCGCUUUCAGCGGGACAAGGAGGUGAACUCGCAGCUCUACAGCAAGCUCACAGUGAGAGGUAAAGUGCAAGUUAAGAGUUCAGACAUACAAGUUGGAGACCUCAUCAUAGUGGAAAAGAACCAAAGAAUUCCAUCGGACAUGGUAUUUCUUAGGACGUCAGAAAAAGCAGGCACUCCUUGUCUCUUAGGAUUGGAAGGGAGCAAGACUGUCUUGUUCCCUUCAAAGAAGUCACGUGGAUGGACACACACCUUGCCAGCGCCCCGGAGCGAGCUGUCGGGGCCCCCAGCCCGCCGUGCCGCAGAGCUGACGCGAGCGCCCGCACGCCCGGUGCACGGGGCCGCCCCUCUGCUGGCCAGCUCCCCCUCGGAGGCCAGAGCUCUGCUUGCUUUCGACAGGCUGCUGCUCCAGAAACACGUGCACGGCUGCCUGCCGCUCGGCUGGGGUGCGGGCCGGGCAGGGGCUGCCGUGCUGAGAGCUGGAAUCGACCACAUCGGCCACUUCUCCGGGACAGGCUGCAAGCCCUCGGCAGGCCUGCGCACUGGGUUUAUGGCUGUAGACGCCGAACGUAAGAAAUCGCUAACUUGCCAUUUUCUUCCCAUUCCCUCUGAACAGGAGGACAGUGACCCGCCCGUCCACGAGAGUCUCAGCAUCGAGAACACGCUGUGGGCGAGCACCGUCGUCGCGGCAGGUACUGUAAUAGGUGUUGUCAUAUAUACGGGAAAAGAGACUCGAAGUGUAAUGAACACAUCCAAUCCAAACAAUAAGGUUGGUUUGCUGGACCUUGAACUCAACCGUCUGACCAAAGCACUGUUUGUGGCCUUGGUGGCCCUGUCCGUCGUGAUGGUGACCUUGCAGGGGUUCGUGGGCCCCUGGUACCGCACGCUGCUCCGGUUUCUCCUCCUCUUCUCCUACAUCAUCCCCAUCAGUCUGCGUGUGAACUUGGACAUGGGCAAAGCCGCCUACGGGUGGAUGAUCAUGAAGGACCAGAGCAUCCCCGGCACGGUCGUGCGGACCAGCACCAUCCCAGAGGAGCUGGGGCGCCUGGUGUAUCUGCUCACCGACAAAACAGGAACCCUCACCCAGAACGAGAUGGUGUUUAAGCGGCUGCACCUGGGGACUGUGUCGUACGGCGCGGACACGAUGGACGAGAUCCAGAGCCACCUGAGGAGUCCGUGCCCGCAGACGCAGCCUCACGCUGGCGGAAACAGUGCCGGUUCCGCGCCCCCACGAAAAGCCCAGUCUUCAGCUCCCAAAGUCAGGAAGAGCGUCAGCAGCCGCGUGCAGGAAGCCGUGAAGGCCAUCGCGCUGUGUCACAACGUGAGCCCCGUGUACGAGCCCCGGGCCGGCGCGGGCGGCGAGGCCGAGUGCGCGGAGGCGGAUCAGGACUUCAGCGACCGGAACCGGACCUACCAGGCCGCCAGCCCUGACGAGGUGGCGCUGGUGCGGUGGACGGAGAGCGUCGGCCUGACGCUGGUCAGCAGGGACCUGGCCUCCAUGCAGCUGAGGACCCCCGGCGGCCAGAUCCAGACCUACGCUGUCCUGCAGAUGUUCCCUUUCACGUCGGAGAGCAAGCGGAUGGGGGUCAUCGUCCGGGACGAGUCCACGGCAGAAAUCACCUUCUACAUGAAAGGGGCCGACGUGGCCAUGGCCGCCAUCGUGCAGUACAAUGACUGGCUGGAGGAGGAGGGAAAGGGGCCUGAAGAGACGCCGCUGGCCGCAGCUUCCAGUGAGCCACGGAAACGCCUUCAACACGUGACCGUCAGCUGCCCAGGCCGCUCGGCACCAGCGCCCUGCUGGAGACAGACCUUGCACCUGCGGAGGGGUGCCUGCUGCUCCUCCAGGGACGGGGCCGUGCAUCCUGGCCGGCACAGACGAGCCACGCCCGAGGCUGGCAGAGGCCGAGGCAGUGUGGCAGGAGACCACGCCGCCUUCCCAGCCGUGGACCCCCCGCCGGGGACCCCAGGCCCCGCUGUCAUUCUCUCCCGUGACUGCGCGCGUCUCUCCACUCUGGCCGUGGAGCUGCCACAGGGCGCAGAGCCUGCUGACGCCCUCAAAACGUCAAGACUGCGGGCACCUCUGUGCUAUGACCGUGAGAACGAGGCCUGGCGCCCCGAGAGGAUUUUGAGGAGCAACCUCCGAAAUCCCGAGGAGCACGCUGCGCCUCGCAUCUCCAGCGUGGGCCUCACGCCCGCCUGCAGCCGGUCCUCCACGCCCGUGACGCACAGCAGCUCCAUCUCGCGCUCCAGGCUCUCCACCACGGCCGCCACCUUGAGCGCCCUGUCUGCCGGGGCCCGGGCCCUCACGCCACCUCACGUUUCUGUGCCCGCAGGGGACGGGGGAAACGACGUGAGCAUGAUCCAGGCGGCCGACUGCGGGAUCGGGAUCGAAGGGAAGGAGGGCAGGCAGGCCUCCCUGGCGGCGGACUUCUCCGUCACGCAGUUCCGGCACAUCGGCCGGCUGCUGAUGGUCCACGGCCGGAGCAGCUACAAGAGGUCGGCGGCGCUCGGCCAGUUCGUCAUGCACCGGGGCCUCAUCAUCUCCACCAUGCAGGCCGUGUUUUCCUCUGUCUUCUACUUCGCAUCCGUCCCGCUGUACCAAGGAUUCCUCAUGGUGGGGUACGCCACCAUAUACACCAUGUUCCCGGUGUUCUCGCUGGUGCUGGACCAGGACGUGAAGCCGGAGAUGGCGAUGCUGUACCCGGAGCUGUACAAGGACCUCACCAAGGGGCGAUCCUUGUCUUUCAAGACCUUCCUCAUCUGGGUUUUGAUCAGCAUUUACCAAGGCGGCGUCCUCAUGUACGGGGCGCUGCUCCUGUUCGAGUCCGAGUUCGUGCACGUGCUGGCCAUCUCCUUCACGGCGCUCAUCCUCACCGAGCUGCUCAUGGUGGCCCUGACCGUCCGGACGUGGCACUGGCUGAUGGCGGUGGCCGAGGUCCUCAGCCUGGGCUGCUACGUGGCCUCGCUCGCUUUUCUGAAUGAGUAUUUUGACCUCGCCUUCAUCACGACUGUGACCUUCGUGUGGAAAGUGUCGGCCAUCACCAUGGUCAGCUGUCUGCCGCUCUACGUCCUCAAGUACUUGAAGCGGAAGCUGUCCCCCCCCAGCUACUCCAAGCUCACGUCCUAGGCUGCAGCCGCAGGAGCUGGGGCGCCGACCCGGGGCCGGGGUGCCGGGGGUCCCCACAGCCCCCUUGCUCCUGGCCCUUGCUCUUCCUUUUCAGUGUUUCUCUCAAUUUCCACGUCAGAGCACUGGAGUUUCUCUAGAAAGUGGGCCCUAAUUCUCUCCCUGUCGCUGUAAAACAUUCACCUCUUUAUUUCAUGUUUGGCCAUUUCCUAACGUUCAGAUUCUUUAUUUGAGGUCACGAUAGAGAAAGCCAUUUCGACGUAACGAAAAUAAACUCCAGACACUAAAUGCCA